AUGGAAGAAAAGACAGAACAAAAAUCAAAUGGAAUAAAUGAUUCAUUUACACCAUUAAAAAUAUUAAAUACAAAAAAUUUAUCAACAACAAAUAAUGCAAAUGAUGAUAUUGACGAUGAAAUAGAUGAUCAUUCAAAUGAAAUAGCUGAAUUAAAUAGUCGAAUUAAAAAUGAUUUUAUAUCAUAUUGUUUAUCAUUUUUACAAGAAGAUGAAGAAGCUCGCGAAUGUGUUCAAGUUGUAUGGAACAAAUAUUUACAAUGUGUUGGUGAUGUUGCUAUGAUAUCUGCAUUUUUUGAUACGCUACCAUUUAAUAUUAAAGCAUCUGUAUUACAAAAAUAUCAAAAUGAAAUCAUUGAAUGGUGUCGAAAUUUAUUUCAUAUUAAUUGUGAUACAUUACUUUAUUCAUCAUUUUAUUCUGAAACAUUUCUACGCAUAAUACGUUAUGCACUUAAACAAAUAAAUAAUGAUAAUAGUUUAUUAUUAAAAAAAGCUAUUAUCUAUGUAUCAACUGAUUUUGAUAUUAAUGUAAAAAAUGAUUUAUUAUCUUCAAUAUCAAAUAUUAAAUUUGAACAUAUACAAAAUGAUAUGACACAUGAAGAUAUGAUUGAUAUUAAUCAACUUGAAGAAUUAAUAAAACGUGAUUUAAAUGAUAUUAAUUCGUAUCCAUUUAUGGUCAUUGCAAGUGCAGGUACUAAUCUAUUGGGUCAUUGUGAUGAAUUAACAAAAAUAAAACAACUUUGUAAUCAAUAUAAUCUUUGGCUUCAUGGUAUAGGUGAUUUAUUAGGUUCAUUAGCAUUGUUAUCAACAAUAAAAGAAAAUGUUAAUAUUUGUUGUGAUAGUUUAACAAUUGAUAUUGUUAAAUUAUUAGGUAUUCAAAAUUUACCUUAUCUAACAUUUUUUUUUCGACCAACACUCGACAUAAAACAAGAUAAACCAACAGAAUCUAAUACUAUACAAGAUGAACGAUUAAAUAAUGAUAACGUAUUACCAAAAUCAACAACAACUACAAAUAUAUCAUCAUCAUCGACAACAACAACAACAAAUAAUAAUUAUAAUAAUACAUUAAUAUCUCAUUCAUUUGAUGAUAUUAUUUUACAUAGUCCAUCAAUUAGUUUUUUAAGUAUAUGGUCUAUUAGUCAACGAUGUUCAAAAACUCAUGUUCUUUAUCAUAUGAAACAUUCAUCAGAUUUAACAAAUUUAUUAGUAAAAAAUUUAAAACAUAUUAAAACAUUAAAACUACUUAUUGAUAUUGAUGAUGAUAAUCAAAAAAUUUUAACUUAUAAACGAAUUUGUUCAGGUGAUGCACCGGAUGAUCCAUUACCAAAAACUGUGGUUCUUUUUCGUUUUGAAACUAGUGAUGUACCAGAAAUUGACAAUUUGGAUGAUUUAUAUAAUUAUAUUGAACUUCUUAAUCUUUGGUUAUUUGAUAAACUUUCUCAACAAUAUCCAAAAAUGAAUUUAGAAUUACUUAAAGGUAUUCAUUUUCAAAUGUUAAAAUCUGAUGAUAAUAAUUCAAAUCGAACACCAGCUCAUGCUAUUCGAUUUGCUCCAUUAGAACAUUUACUUGAUGUUAUUGAUGAAACUGAAAUACAAAGUUUUAGUGAGGAUAUACAACGUUACAGUGAUAUUCUUGUUGCAACAAUGACUGCACGUGCACGUCUUUCAUCAACUGUAAGUGGAUAUGAAAAUCUUGUUUCUAUUUCAAUGCCUAAUUGGGCUGGUAUUGGAGCUGUUCGUUAUAUACCAAGUCAUAUUAAUAUAAAUGAACAAUCUGAUAUAUCAUCAUAUGAUAUAAAUACAAUUCAAGCUGAAUUAGCAAGAAAAUUACAAGCAAAUGAUUCAGCAUUUUCAUUAGGUGGUGGAAUAAAUGAACAUGAUUCAAUGUUUUAUUUACGUUUAGGAAUGAUUAGAAAAUGUGAUGAUCUUGAUGUAUUAUUACAAAAAAUAGCUGAUUUUGGUAAAGAUACAGAAACAGCAUUAAAAUAUGUUGAAGAUAUGGCUGAAAAAAUCAAAGUAGGUAUAGAAAAAGUUCAAAAAGAUUUAAAAAAUGAAAAUCAACAAAUACUUGCACAAGAAGGUCUAUUAAGACAAUUACCAGUUAUUUCAAGUAUCAUGUCAUGGUGGAGUCCAUCUCCAACAGCAUCAUCAUUAACUAUGAAAGGUCGAUCAUUUGACUUAAAUUCCGGUCUUAUUGAAUCUACUGAAGAUACAUAUGCUUAUCGUAUGCAAAUUAAUAAACAAUCUCCUCAUGCACUUACACAUAAUGACGGUGAAACAGUUGAACUUUCAACAAAUACUGAUAUUGCAACAAAUUCUAUUGAUAGCAUCCCUGAAGAAGAACAACAACAAAACAAAUAA